UACUCCAUGUAUGUAAAAUGUGUGUGUGUUCAUGUGUGUUUUGUUAGGUGAGCCAUGGCGGCUGAUCUGGAUAUGGUGAACUUGUUUAUCAUUGCCGGGGGAACGCUGGCGAUUCCCAUCCUGGCCUUCGUUGCUUCCUUCCUCCUCUGGCCCUCUGCACUCAUUAAAGUGUAUUACUGGUACUGGAGGAGGACUCUGGGCCUGCAGGUGCGCUACGCAGACUGCGGCGGCUAUCGCUUCUGUUACGCCUACAGAGGGAAGCCCGGGAUGAGACCCUCCAUUUUAAUGCUGCAUGGCUUCUCUGCUCACAAAGACACAUGGCUCACCGUCGUCAAGUAUCUACCAAAACAUCUGCACAUAGUGUGUGUGGACAUGCCUGGUCAUGAGGGAACAACACGCACCAACACAGAGGAUUACUCCAUUCAGGGGCAGGUCAGGAGGAUCCAUCAGUUUGUGGAAUGCAUUCGCUUGAACAGGAAACCUUUCCAUGUGGUUGGAACCUCCAUGGGGGGAAAUGUAGCCGGGGUCUACGCAGCCUACUACCCCUCAGAGAUCUGUAGCAUCACUCUCAUCUGUCCAGACGGUAUAAGACACCCAUGUGAGACCAAAUUUGACAAUCACCUGCAGGACUUGGAGCACAGCAAUUACACAUUAAACAUCCCGCUGAUCCCUACCACGCCCGAGGAGAUGGAGGACAUGUUCAGACUUUGUUCUCAUGUUCGCUUUAAAAUCCCUCAGCAGAUUCUUCAAGGAAUGGUAGAUGUCCGACAGCCUCACAACACAUUUUAUGAAGAAGUAUUUAUGGAGAUUCUUGGUGAGACAUCAAGAUAUGCCUUACAGGAGCACUUACAUCUGAUCACUGCACCUUUACAAGUGAUAUGGGGCAAAAAAGACCAGGUGGUGGAUGUCUCUGGAGCUACAGUCAUUGCAGAGGUGUUGCCUGGAUGCAGGGUGGACCUGCUGGACAACUGUGGUCACUCUGUGGUGAUGGAGAGGCCCUCUCGGACAGCCAAACUCAUCCUGGAGUUCAUCAUCAUCAUGCAGCAAGACGCCAAGGGUGGCACAAAGAAAUCUUCCUGAACUAAAAGACUUGUGAUAAUAAUCCCUUUUUCCACUGCAAUGCUUCACAUGUUCCUUGUACGUGACAUGCAUAUAUAUGUAUGCAGAUGUCUAAUAUCAAAAAAAGAAAAAAAAAGUACAUUAAGACAGAAAGCAAGGGAUUAUAUAGUGCUCUUAGAAAAUGAAUCGCAUUUAAUGUGUGCUGUAAAAUGCAUCCUGAUAAUAAAAGUCCCAUGCAUUUAUCUGCAUUGUAUCUGUAUGUGUGAGUGUAUUCAUGCAGAGGAGCCUGUGCGGCUGCAGCAGGACCUCCUCCUCUUCACCCUCACUGUGUGCGCAGUGUUGCUGCAGCCUGGAGCCAAGCACAGCUGCCCGGUAACAUCACUGACUCUACCGAUAAACACCAACCCGCAAGCCCGCUGAAUAAGCCAGAAAGCGAGCUGGU